AUGACCCUCGCCGACCUGAAGGUCACGGAGGCAGUCAAGCGUGGAACAAAGCUCAACUACACUUUUUCAGCGCAAGAACCUGACGUCAUUGACACGGAUUACGUGUAUCUUGCAGGUAACGACAGUGAGAUUUUCAACAUCUUUCCUCUGGUGGGUUCUAUCUAUCUCAACCAGGAAGUGGACGUAGAUCCAGGACGGGAGUAUCUGGUCUUCAAACCCAUACUUGUUGUAUCUGAUGGAACCUUCACCGACUCAGCAACCAUAACUCUUACAGUGUUUGACUACAACGACAACCCACCAAUAUGUAAUCCGUCCACGGCUUAUCUUUCCAUAGAGGAGAACUCAAGUGGAGCAGGAUUUUAUACGCUCAAUUGCACAGAUCGUGACAGUAGUUACAACAACAAUAACCUUUUAAGUUAUUCGUCGAACAACAGUGCUGUCUUUAGCGUCGAUUUUUCCGGAGUGGUCUCCCGCUUCGCACCGUUUGAUUACGAAACAGCUACCACCGAGACUGUGAUUAUCAGCAUACAAGACCAAUCUGCAACGAACCCGCUCUCCACAUCGGUCACAGUUGUUGUUUCAUCCAUUGCAAUCCAGAUAACUCCUGUUAAUGACAAUGUCCCAGUAUGGUCCUCUUGGUUACCUGCUAUAUCUGAAAGUAGUAGCUACAGCUUUAAUGAGAAUACACCAGUUGGAACAAUACUGUUUACUGUCGUAGCUACAGAUUCUGAUGUGACUGUUGGUGGUACUAUAACUUACAGCAUCGAGUCAAUAAAAAAUGGAAGUAUUUCAGUGCCAGGUGUUUUUGGCAUUGAUGCAAAAACUGGGCAAGUUACUCUUCAAGCAAACUUUGAUACUGAUGGCGUCAAUGGGUUGUCUGUUUACACUGUCAAUUUUCAGGCAACUGAUGGUGCAGGGGGAUCUCACACCAUUACAAAGAGUGUCAAUAUUAGUGUGAGAGAUUAUAAUGACAAUGCCCCAGUAUUUUUAGGCACACCCUAUAUUACUCAGUACAUACAUGAGGUGGAUACCAAAGCUGGGCAACUUGUUUUACUGUUAUCUGCACUUGAUCAAGACACUACCCCAUCUGUGCUUACAUACACAGUGGACACCAUUUUAGUUGGCAACAGAACAUGUUAG